AUGUAUUCUUGCUAUGACUCCUACUUGAAUGGUGUUUAUUACUGGUGGUCUCCAAAUGGAAAGCUAGUUUCGUUUGACAUGGGGAAAGAGGAGUUCAGAGAGAUUGAAGGGCCACCACUUAUUCACCAAGACUCAGCCUACGAGAUCCUUGCGUUGUACAAUGGCUCUAUAGCUCUGAUUUAUUCUCAUUCACAAGGGCCAUUAGAUUCCUGGGAAUCAGCUGAGCAGUCAUCAGUUGCCCUGUGGGUAUUGAUGGGGGAGGAGGAGGCAAUGGAAUGUUGGAUCAAGCAAUUAAGUAUCGGACUGCUUCAUGGAAUGAUGAAAGCAGUUGGGGUGUGGAAGAAUGAUGAGGUCGUUGUUGAAACUACAACUGGUCACCUGCUCUUGUAUAAUCCUAAUACCCAACUUGUUCUUAAGGAUCUCCAAAUCUUAGGCCAUCGCAGUCAUUCUUGUUGCCUUCACCUACUUAUCUAUACCAAAAGCCUUGUUCCAGUCCAUGGGGAUGUUCAAUCUGGUUUAGAUGCAAAACAAAUCCCGAUAAUUGUGAAGGAGUACACCAAAUAG